CAGGAGUUUAUAACUGGCCGGGACAGCCCCACCUCCUUUCUGCUUUCUCUCCCUUCCCUUCUCUUCCCUUCCUGUCCCUUUCCCCCUUUUCCCCUCCUCUCUGCUCCCUCCCACCCCGCUGCCCAGGACCCCAUGUCAGCAGUGCCCAGCUGUGUCCACAGCCAGUGUCCUGCUCCGCUGGAGCCCCCGCCAUGGGGCCCGCUGAGGAGCUGGUCCGGAUUGCCAAAAAAUUGGAUAAGAUGGUGGCCAGGAAAAGCACGGAAGGGGCACUGGAUCUGCUCAAGUCUCUUACUGGCUACACCAUGACCAUCCAACUACUCCAGACCACACGGAUUGGAGUGGCUGUGAACUCAGUGCGGAAACACUGCUCAGAUGAAGAGGUGGUGGCCUCAGCCAAAAUCCUCAUCAAAAACUGGAAGCGGCUUCUGGAGUCCACCACCACAAAAAAAGAGAAGUAUGCAGAUAAGAAGAAGGAGAAGGACACAGAUGGAGACAAGGAGAAGAAGAAGGAGCUGGAUGUUUCCAGCUGCCCCAGUGAAGGGGUGAAGCACAGCAAGAAUACAGCUGAGAAGCACAGGGAGAAGUACAAGGAGAGGAAGCCCAGCAAGUGUGACUCCCUUGCCGCCACCACCCAGGGCCACUCUGCUGAUUCCAGCCCAGAGAGAGAGUCCAGUGAUGGCAGGAGCCCCACUGCAUCCUCCAAGAAAUCACCUCUGGAUGGCAAGAAAGAGAGGAGAGCCUCUGCUGACUCCAGGUCCUCAACUGUCUCCUCCUCUUCCUCCACACAGAAGAGACUGUCAGGGGAGAGGAGAGCCUCUGUGGGCACCAGCCUCUCUCCAGCUCCCACCAGCUCCCAGAGAAACUCCAGUGACAGCAAGGAGGAAAGAGCCAACAGCAGCAAGGCCAAGCCUGAGGUGCCGCGAAUGCCCAGCAGCCCCUCCUUCUCUGCCAGCCCCUGCUUCCUGGCCCCCUGCUACCUCACAGGGGACUCGGUGCGGGACAAGUGCAUUGAGAUGUUGACGGCUGCACUGCACAUGGACGACGACUACAAGGAGUUCGGUGUUAACUGCGAGAAGAUGGCAUCGGAGAUUGAAGACCAUAUCUUCCAGGAGCUGAAGAGCACAGACAUGAAGUAUCGCAACCGGGUGCGGAGCAGGAUCAGCAACCUGAAGGACCCCAAGAACCCUGGGCUGCGCAGGAAUGUGCUGUGCGGGGCCAUCGAGCCCAGCCUCAUCGCCCGCAUGACUGCUGAGGAGAUGGCCAGUGAUGAGCUGAAGAAGCUGCGGAGUGCCAUGACCCAGGAGGCCAUCCGGGAGCACCAGAUGGCCAAGACAGGCGGCACCGUCACCGACCUCUUCCAGUGUGGCAAAUGCAAGAAGAAGAACUGCACGUACAACCAGGUACAGACGCGCAGCGCCGAUGAGCCCAUGACAACGUUUGUGCUGUGCAACGAGUGUGGGAACCGCUGGAAGUUCUGCUGAUGUGGCUGGCGAUUGGGCUGGAGGGAACAUGGUGCAAGACAAGAUGCUGUGACACCACAUUGGGCAGCUGGGUUAGGGAGGAGGGAUCAGGGUGACCCCAGUCCCUAAGCACCAGCUCUUUGUACCCUUGCACUGGGCUCCUUCAAACAUCCUGGGGAACCUGGCCUCCGGCAAUGUCAAGUUCACUCAAGAAGGUCCCUGUGAAUUCAAUGGUUCUUCCCUGCAAAUUCCUGCCCUUUGAUUGGCGUGUGCUGGGAUCCCACUGGAAACAGACUCAUUCCUGGUUUGGGGGCAGGAGAGACAUUGUUCCGUGGACAUGGGGCUGUGCCUGGGAGCUGAGGGUGGCAGAGGGCCAGGUCAUAACCCAAACACCUUCUUCCUCACCUAAGUGCACACAGAGGGAGGGGAGAGACAUGGAGGGGACAGGGUGGGUGCAGCAUGUCCAGAUGCUGUUGGGAUGCCACUGUGCCCCUCUGCUCUUUGACAAAUGGACCAUCCAUCCUGGCUUGAAGGCACCAUGGCCCAGGAAAGAAGGAAGGAUGGCAGGGAGAGGAGCAAGGAAGAACCCUUCCAGCCAGAGUAAUAAAGGUGUGAACUAUCUCUGCA